AUGGCUGAUACACUCAAAGACAUCCCAGAGUUCUUUGAGACUGAACUCGGCGAGUCCAUCGCCGCACGUACUGACGCUUUAGGCACCUUUCGUGAACUGGGUCCACCAGACUUGUGCCAUGUUAUCAAAGCUCACUCAAAACCUGGAAUGAAAGAGCUUGGCAGUUACCAUUAUGUCUCUGGUGUUGAUGCCUCCUCUUCCGCUACGUUGGCAGCUUAUCUGAACUCACUCACAUACUCACUGGAUGACACCCAAUCUUGGUUUUCCAAGUCAAAUGCUUGGAGAAUUCGCUCUGGAAUAUACUGCUGUUUCAAUGCAUUCUCUCGUGUGGAUGUUCGUGUCGAAGUAAAGAUUCCCGGCGGUGUAGAGAGCUAUUAUGUGGAUGUGAGAGGAGAGAGACACGAAGCCACUGCCGCUAUUUGGCAAGAGACAUACCUUUCAGCUGUCCUUCGUGCCAUCCUUUAUUCUGACGAUAGUUACUACAGACUAGCUGGGUAUCGCAAGAUCGAUCCCAUCAACAAUUUAGCCGGCGAACAGAGAUUUUUGGAAGCUGUGGAAGCUCUCUUCUGGCGUGGAUGGCAAUUAGGGAGCAACCCCGAAAUUCAAACUGCCACCACUGUACAUAAUCAUUUGACAUCAGGCGUGAUGAAGUACUUUGGCGACAGUUUCCGUUAUGGUCCCGCCAUUGAACUCUACCAAAAGCUGCAAAAGAAAGAUCCUGAAGUAGGUGCUCUGCUGGCACAAUCAUUUAUUGGACAGAACGAGGAAAUCAAAGCUGUCAAAGUUUUGAACGAGGAUUUGAAGCGUAUGCCCAUGAGUUACCCUUUGUUGCAUGUGCAAGUAGAUUAUCUUCGCAGUAAGGCAGGUAUUUGA